AUGAGUGAAAACGAAUAUGAUAGUGAUGCAAUCGAUGAUGAUUGCUAUGAUACAUACUAUGAUGAUAAAGAUCCAUUUCAAGAUGAUAAUAAUAAUAAUUAUACAACAAAUGUUACAAGUAAUGAUCCCGAACAAUUUGAAUAUAUUGUAAAUACAAUAAAAGAAGUUCAAACACGUUUUGAACCAAUAGUAUUUUCAAAUUCAUAUAUUUGUACAUCAUCUUCUCCAGCUAUAUGUUCAAUAUGUUUUAAAAAUCAAACAAAUUUCCAAUCAUUAAUAUGUAAUCAUGCUUUUUGUCAUGAUUGUUGGUCACAAUAUAUUGAUACAAAAUUUCUAUCUAAUAAUUAUUUAAAUAUUGAAUGUAUGAAAUGCGAUCUACGAAUACCACAGAAUUUCGUUCUUGAACAUUUAUCGUCAGAUAAGAAUAAAGAGUCUUAUAAAAAAUUAGUUGUUAAAUCAAUGAUUGAAAAUAAUCCACAAAUGACACUUUGUCCUGGCACAUGUGAACGAGUAUUUCAAGCAAUUGAUAAACCUAUACCGGGCAAAGUUGAAUGUGAACUGUGUAAUUUAAAAUUUUGCUUUCAAUGCCUAUUGAGUUAUCAUGCACCUGCUAGUUGUGAUAUUAUGAGAAAUUGGUUAAACAAAUGUCGAGAUGAUUCAGAAACAGCAAAUUAUAUAUCAGCAAAUACAAAAGAUUGUCCAAAAUGUAACGUAUGCAUUGAAAAAAACGGAGGUUGUAAUCAUAUGUGUUGUUUUGCAUGUAGUUAUCAUUUUUGUUGGAUGUGUCUUGAAUGUUGGAAAACUCAUGAAAAUAAUUAUUAUGAAUGUUCAAAAUAUCGUGGACAACUACAAUCACAACCUGAAACAAAACAAAAUCGUGCACGUGAAGCAUUAAAAAAAUAUUUACAUUAUUUUGAAAGAUGGGAUAAUCAUCAAAGAAGUUUAAAACUUGAAGAACAAACAAGAGCAAAACUAUUAGAAAAAAUUGAACAGAAUAUUAAUGCACAAAAUGGAACUUAUAUCGAUUGGCAAUAUUUAGAAAAAGCAGCUGAUUCAUUAGCAAAAGCUAGAUAUACUCUAAUGUAUACGUAUCCUUAUGCUUAUUAUCAAGAAGAUACUGUUGAUCGAAGUCUUUUUGAAAAUAUUCAAGCUCAACUUGAAGUUGAAAUUGAAAAUUUAUCCUAUCAACUUGAACGUUCAAUAACACACAAUCGAGGAGAUAUUGAAAAUCAACGACAUAUUGUUGAACGACGUCGACAAACAUUACUACUCAAAUAUUUUCCUAAAUCAAACUCUUAG